AUUAAAAAGUCAUUUCUUAAAGUUUUAUCAUCAUACUCAAUUAUCUUGGUUACUAAGUACAUUAACUACAGUUCAAAAAGUUGGUCAUAUUCCAACAUAUAAAUCAAAAGUAAAAGAUGAAAGUUCAGUACCCUUAGGUCUUUUUCUUUAUCCAGUUUUACAAACAGCUGAUAUACUUGUUUUCAAAACUACACAUUUACCUAUUGCUGAAACUACUCGUAUUCGAAGUCUUCGCCAUCCGGAACAAAAAAUGUCGAAAUCUGAUGUUGAAGAACGUUCACGUAUUGAUAUCAUGGAUGAUGAAAAAAUUAUUCAAGAACGCGUAUCCAAUUUAAUUGAUAUUUAUGCUGGUAUGACCAAUCAAUCAAUUGAAAGUAUCGUUGAUGAAGCACAACGAGAUAAUCUUGAUACUGGUGCAUUUAAAAGACGUCUUGCACAAAUAAUUAUUGAACAUUUUCGAACAAAACGUGUUGAAUAUUUAAAAUUAAUGAACGAUAGUUCCUAUCUUUUAAGUAUCCUUGAUAAUGGUCGCGAACAUGCGACAGAAAUAGCUGAUAAAACCUUGAAUGAAGUCAAACAUAUAAUGGACUUCAAUUAG